AUGUCUGACGCCACUUUAGAAAAUGACGUUAUAGAGCCGCCUUGCUCAAAGAAAAUUAAAAUUGAAGAGCAAAAUGAAAACGGAGUGAGCAACGUUCAAUUGGAAUUGAAAGAUUUUGUUCCAGUGAAAGUUUUGAACAAUAAUACAAAUAGGAAAACGGUUUGUAUCCAAGGGACAUUCAGAGAUAAAAGUGGUGUGGCUUUAGUGUUACUUGAAAAAAAUGCUUUCAAAGGAGAGGAAUUGGACGACAAGGGAUAUUUUGCCAUAGACACCAAGCUGCGUACAUUUUUCCAAAACGAUAUAUACGGUAAUUUUGAGUGUUAUCCGCGCUCAGAAAUAAACGGUGUAAAGACUACAAUCAUCUACCCUGCUACUGAAAAGCAUAUUGCAAAGUUCAGCCAGCAAGAAGUUCAUAUAAUACUGGAAACUCCUGAACUGUACAGAAAGCUGACACUACCAUAUAUUGAAAAAGAGCAGUUUAACUUACAGUGGGUCUACAACAUUUUAGAAGGUAGGAGCGAGCAAGAUAGAAUAGUUUACGACAAUAAGUGCGAAAGAGAGGGCUUUGUCCUCGUGCCUGAUCUAAAGUGGGACGGAAUAACCAAGGAGACACUGUACCUGCUUGCUAUUGUCCGACAGAGAGGCAUCAAAUCACUGAGGGAUCUUAAUGAAAGCCAUCUGCCGCUCUUGAAGAGAGUUAGAGACGAGGGAAAGAAGGCGAUAUACUCCAAGUACAAGGUUUGCGGCAGCCAACUGCGAGUGUACCUGCACUACCAACCCUCGUUCUACCAUCUGCACAUCCACUUCACGUACCUGAAGCACGAAGCGCCCGGUAUCCAUGCGGAGCGGUCGCACCUCCUCGACGCAGUCAUCGACAAUCUCACCAUGAGCGGCCACCACUACCAGCUCGCGUCCCUACCGUUCACCGUCCGUGAGAUGGACCCCCUAUUUUCUUCGUACGAAUCGGAUGGCCACGUGGCCAGGGUCAACCAGCCGGACAAA